AUGAGAUACUAUUGUAAUCCUACCACGGUAAGAUUGUCAAUGACAAAAUCUUUGAAAAAUUAUAAUUAUACUAAUAAACUUUCUUCUUCACCAGCUGCUAUCACUAUCAAUCGUUCAUUUUCGAAUUCUACCGCUAAAAUGACCCAAGAUAAUGAACCUUCACAACAACAACCUUUAUUAUUACAAAAAUUUCCAAUGGAAACAAAUAAUGGUGAACAUUAUUGGGCUCAAUUCGAUAAUAAUACUCAUAUCACAAAUGAAAGGAAAUCUUCAUUCAAAGGUUUAACUUUCGCAAAUCAAUCAAAAUUACCAUCUUUACCAAUUCCUGAUUUAAAUUCAACAAUUUCAAAAUAUUUAAAUUCAAUUAAACCAUAUUGUAAUAAUGAUACCAAAUCAAUUAAAUUCCAAAAUCAAAAAUUAUUAUGUAACGAUUUCAUUGAAAAUAUGGGACCCCUUUUACAAGAUCGUCUCAUUGAAUUCAAUAAUAAUGGUAACAACAAGAGAAAUUGGUUAAGUUCAUUUUGGGAUAAUACUGCUUAUUUAGAAUAUAAUGAUCCUGUAAUCCCAUACGUUUCUUAUUUUUACGUUCAUAAGGAUUUAACUAUGCAAAACUCAAGAAUUCAAAAUGAUCCUCUUAUGAAAUCAACUGCUAUAAUCUCUACUGUAAUUAAAUUCAUUGAAUCCAUUAAGGAUCAAUCUUUACCCCCAGAGAUUAUCAAAAAUAAUCCAUUCUGUAUGAAUAGUUUCCAAAUGAUGUUUAAUAAUUCAAGAUUACCCGAUUUUAACAAUAAUAACGAACUUUCAAAUCGUGAUACUAAUAUAUUUUAUUCCAUUUAUGAAAAUAAUUUCAUGAUAGUAAUGUAUAAGGGUAAUUUCUAUAAAGUUUUCACUCAUUGUCAAAAAACCAAAAAACCUUUAUCUGAUAACAAAAUUUGGAAUCAAUUAUAUUCAAUCACUGCAUCAUCCUCUACAAAAACAACAACUUCUCAUGAUGGUGUUGGAAUCGGUUCAUUAACUUCUUUGCCUCGUGAUCAAUGGCGUAAAACAUACGCUGAAUUAAUUAAAGAUCCAAAUUCAAAAGAAUCGUUAGAAACAAUCCAUAAGGCAUCAUUUAUCCUUGCAUUAGAUUUGGAUCAAAAACCAAUCACUUUAGAAGAAAAUACUAGAAGUUCAUGGCAUGGUGAUGGUAUCAAUAGAUUCUAUGAUAAACCUUUACAAUUCUUCGUCACAGGUAAUGGAUCCUCUGGAUUCUUAGCUGAACAUUCAAAAAUGGAUGGUACUCCAACAUUAUUCUUAAAUACUUUUGUUUGUCAACAAUUAAACAAAUUGAAUCAAGAUGAAUUCUUAUCACAAUUCAGCUUGAACCCAUCAUCAUCAUCAUCAUCAUCAUCAUCAUCAUCAUCAUCAUCAUCAUCAUCACUUCCUCCACCUUCUCCAUUACCAUUCUUAAAGACUCCCCAAAUUCAAUCUGAUAUAAAAUCAGCUCAAGAACAAUUCCAAAAUCAAAUUAAUCAACAUAAAUUACGUGUAUGGCAAUAUAACAAAUAUGGUAAAAAUUUUAUCAAAUCCAUGAAAUUCUCUCCAGAUGCAUACAUUCAACAAAUUAUUCAAUUAGCCCUUUAUAAAUUACUUGGAAAGCAAUUACCCACUUAUGAAGCUGCCUCUACAAGGAAAUUCUUUAAAGGUCGUACUGAAACUGGUAGAUCUGUCUCUUCAUCAUCUUACGAAUUAGUUACAAAUUGGUCAAAACCUCAUAUCACAAACGAACAAAGAUGUAAAUUAUUAACUAAUUCCAUAAUGGAUCAUUCCAAUUAUUUAAAAAUGGCAUCAGAAGGUAUGGCAAUUGAUAGACAUUUCUUUGGAUUGAAAAAAAUGUUGAAAACAAAUGAGACCAUCCCACCAUUAUUUAAAGAUGAAUUGUUUAAUUAUUCAUCCACUUGGUUAGUCUCCACAUCACAAUUAUCAUCUGAAUAUUUCCAAGGUUAUGGUUGGUCACAAGUUUAUGAUAAUGGUGUUGGAUUAGCUUAUAUGUUGAAUAAUGAUUGGUUACAUAUUAAUAUCGUUAAUAAACCAAAAAUUGCAGGAUUUGAUCCAGAUCAAUUACAUUAUUAUUUGACUCAAGCUGCUGAUGAAAUCGCUCAAGUAUUGAUUUCUCAACAACAACAACAACAACAACAACAAACGAAGGCUAAGUUGUAA